AUGAAUGAUUUUAAUACGAUUCGACUGCGAGUUUUCAACCGCCCUACGACUCGUCGGUACGAACUAAUUCACCGUACUUACAAUACGAUUGCCAAAAAUCAGUUUGUAGUACGAUUAGAUAGGGCGGAUUUUAUAGAAAGCUCUCUUGCAGUCGCAACUAGUAGCUGGUAUGGAGAAGAAAUCAAGGGCUAUCUUGAAAACGGUAGGCGUUUCCAACAGGAAGUAGUACGAUUAAUACUUUUGCUCCACCUACAAUCACCUGAGAAGGGGUCAUAUGGGAAGCGAGUCGACAAGGUGGUGAGAUCUAAACAAGCUGACUAUAUACUGUACGAGAAAGGAGCUAUGCCUAAUGAACUCGUGCGACAGCGUGCUCUGUACGACGACGACCUCACCUCAGGCCUCACCUCAAACCUUACCACCAAAAGAGUCUAUACAAGUCGUAAUACGAUAUACUUUUCAGGCUUAAGUACGAUUCGAUACGACUCAGAGACUCACUACGACUCUACGAUGCACGUGAUCGUAACUGCUAUUGAUUCACACACUCAUCGUUAUCAUCCCUCAAAGGGUUCAGCGGCUCUCACGCUUAUCCAAGAGCCGUUUAGAUUCUGCAACAAAAAUAGGUGGGCACGCUGUAAAUGGUUGUUGUGUGUAUUGUAUUUCUCUUCCGCAGAUGAUGCCCAGGUUUAG